UGCAGUUGUGGUGGCGAGCCAGUUCGUGCGAGACGCGUCUUGAGACAGGCUACGAACGUGCGCCGUGUUUUGUAAACACACGCGCUCCCGUCCAACGACGAUUUUUUGACAGUUCUCUGAUGCGCGCCUUGAACUGACUCAACGAAAACGAAGCGAUGGAUCUGACGGCGGUGCUGGCGGUGUUGGCGGCGGCGGUGGUCGGUUGCGACGCCCUGCGUACCGUCACCGUGUCGAAGUGCUGCAAGAUCGACGAGUACCUGACGGUGAACAGGACCUGCGUGCCCGCCAAGAACAACUCGUGGACGAUCAGGAUCCUGCAGCCGGCCAAGGGCGAGUUCCUCAAGAACCAGCUGCCGCGUAACUGGAAGCUGCGCGAGAACACGCAGCCGAACUGCGAAAAGUUCAUACUGACGGAAAGUGCUAUUAACAAUUUCGUGCCGUUCGCCAACAACGGUUCGGUGUACUCGUUGGAGUUGGACAGGGUGAUACAGCCGGAGAACCUGUGCAUCGAUUACGGUGCGGCUAUUUUCUGUUUGGAGCCGAGCGAAAUUAAGAAGGCGAUUGUUAAAAAGUGUUGCGGCUCGAACGCGAUAUUUUCCGAGACGAAUUCCACGUGCCUUUCGAUCAAAGACAACGCGUAUAGUGUGGAUGUUGGGCCGGAGAAGAGUCUGUUGUCCGGUUUUCCGAAGUGCGAGCAUGAUUUGGUGGCCACAGGGAAAUUGGAUUUGAACGACAUCCAACCGAAUGGCAGUUUGUAUUUGAAGGACAGCAAAGUGCUGCUGGAGGCUGGCAAAUAUUGUUUGGAACACAUUCUUGAAAGUGCCGGUCGCACUCCCAGCAUAUUAACCUGCAAACAUUAUUUACCGCCGUCCAGCAGCGUGAUAAAGGAGCCGGCGUCGGAUGAUCUGCGCUUCACCGUGUACCCCAUAGGACUGGCACUCAGCGCAAUUUUCCUGGCCGCCACUUUGGUCGCCGGCUCACUGCUACCUGCCAAUCACCACGUCCUCCACUGGAGAUGCCAGACCAAUCAUGUCGCCUGUCUGUUCCUCGGCGAUGUUCUCCUGUGCAUCACCCAGCUGAGCGGCAACUCCAUGCUCAACGCCCCGUGCUUCAUGAUCGCUGCCGCAAUGCACUUCCUGUUCUUGGCCGCGUUUUUCUGGCUGAACACCAUGUGCUUCAACAUCUGGUGGACCUUUAGGGACUUGAGACCGCAAAGCACGGAGAAGAGCCAGGAGCGUCUGCGGCUGAGGCUCUAUCAUCUCUACGCCUGGGGCGUGCCGUUCGUGAUUACGUUUACGGCGGUGGUGCUGGAUUUGGUUCCGCGGGACGAAGACAGCACCUUCAUCAGGCCCAAUUUUGGACAGACGACGUGCUGGUUUGGUGCUGAGAUAUUCACAUUUUUCUACGGACCAGUUGGAACGUUGUUGGUGAUCAAUUUGGCCCUGUUUACUUUAACUGCCAGAGAGUUAACAUGUGGGCUGUGGAAAAGAGAAUUAGUCAAAUCCACUACAGAAAGGGCGGCCCUCGGAAGAGUUUGCAUGAAGCUGGUGGUCGUGAUGGGAGUGACGUGGAUAGCGGACGUGAUCUCGUGGGCCGUCGGCGGUCCGCAGGAGAUCUGGUACGCGACCGACAUCAUAAACUGUCUUCAGGGCGUGUUCAUCUUCAUCGUCGUCGGACUUCAGCCCCAGGUCUUCGCUGCCGUGAAGCGGCUGUGGUGCAUGAGGAAGCACCGACAGAACGGGCUCGAAGACAGGCGCAACCACCAUUCGACCAGCUCGCAGGGACCGCAGUCCAUGGGUGACAGCAUCUCGCAGAGCGUGAACAAUCUGACCAAGUCCGUUCCGCUGGAGACGAGCUGCUAAGGGGUCUUUUGUAUUUAUGAAGACUUUCAUAUGGAACAUGGAACUGUACUUAGAUUAUUGAUGUGUAGCUAGCUGCUUCGGAAGUGACGAGCUUCUGAUCCAAACAAUCUUGAGGCACCCUAUUUUUAUACUAAAUUAUUUUACUGCAUUUAGAAGUUUUUAUACCUCUAUACUUAAUAGACUUAAACUUAAGGUGUGUCUUUGUAACUUGAAGCAAUCAAACAUGACUGGUACAUUAAGACUUAAUGUAUGCAAUAAUCGACAAUAAAUCAAAACUCUAUUUUUAUAUGAA